CACUCGUUAGAUAUUGAGCUCUUCAAAAGAGGAGGAGAGAAAUUACAAAAAUAUUUUGGCAGAAAUAUCUACAAAAUCGAUUGCAUCUACCUCCUUAUAAGCAACGGCCACAUAGAAACAAUCUUUUAAAAUACACUUCAACUAUUUUUCUAUGAUAUUGGAGCUAUAUUUAUAACCAAACAUGAGUAUUAUGUCCUACAAUGGCGCAGCCAUUAUGGCAAUGCGCGGCAAAGACUGUGUUGCUAUAGCAGCUGACAGAAGAUUUGGGGUACAGGCGCAGACAGUUUCCAUGGACUUCCAGAAAAUAUUUGAAAUUGGACCAACUUUAUAUGUUGGACUACCAGGCUUGGCUACAGAUGUACAAACAAUAGCACAAAAGUUGAAGUUCAGAACUAAUCUAUACGAACUCAGAGAAAACAGAAAAAUGAAACCCAAAACAUUUCUCAGUGUCGUCUCAAAUUUACUCUAUGAAAGGAGGUUCGGUCCAUACUUUGUUGAGCCAGUAGUAGCAGGACUUGACCCAAACACCUCUGAACCAUUCAUAGCGUCCCUAGAUCUCAUUGGAUGUCCCAUGAUCACCGAAGACUUUGUUGUCAGUGGCACCUGCUCAGAACAGAUGUACGGCAUGUGUGAGUCACUAUGGGAACCUGAUAUGUCGCCAGAUGAUCUGUUCGAGACCAUAUCCCAAGCUUUAUUGAAUGCUGUGGACAGAGAUGCUGUAUCAGGAUGGGGAGCAAUUGUACAUAUCAUAGAAAAAGAUAAAGUGACAACAAAGACAUUGAAGGCCAGAAUGGAUUAGAGAC